CUCAGAAUUGCCCUACAGUGUCCUCCGUCCAAGAAGCCUCCCCUGAAUCUGUCUGUCAACAAAGUAAGACAUCAACCGUGUUGAUAGGAAGCCCGCCAUGGCACAAUUUCGGGAAAAUUCUCAAUGUGGAUCUUGGCUCGCCGAUCGCAGCAGUUCCCAGCCCUGGCCGAAGGACCUCCCGAGUCAAAAACCACGGCGCAGCUAUAACUAUCCAACGCGAUUGAGUUUAGGCCGGAAGUGAUUAGAUCUGACAUCAUUUAUUAGCCUGCGCAAGCUCCCCACAUAAUUCUCCCUCUGGAGGAAAAAAAAAAAGGGCAACCACAAAAACGAGCCUCGAGAUCUCUCUCACAAUCGGAUUGGACGCGCAAGCAAACAAUCGGAAAUCAGAGCUCUGAGCAGUCACGCAGACAUGGUAACCGGCAUAUCCCACGCGAGCCUGCAGGCCAACGCGUCCACCAUCCCCUCCAAUUUCAGUAUCUACAACGCCGACUUCCUGCAUAUCCUCGGCUCGGCGCCGAAGCUGGAACUUCUCCUCGAGAACGAUGAUUUCCCCUUCGCGCACGAGGCGAGCGUGUACAUCCCAAGCACAGACUCCCUUUUCAUGUCGAGUAAUCUCUUCGUCGACCCAAUUACCAACAAAUCCACCAUCAGGGUUACCAAAGUCAAUGUGAGCGCACACCCCGUCACGGCCGAAAUCAUCAACACGACGAUCCCUUUGCCCAAUGGCGGUGUCAAUAAUGGUAACGGUAUCCUCUGGGCUGGCCAAGGGACCCUCAACGAGACGGGUGGGCUGUUCCAAAUGUCCGCGACCGCACCGUACAAAUCAGAGCUGAUUACCGGUGACUACUACGGGCGCGAGUUCAAUUCCGUUAAUGAUGUGGUCGUGGCUCGGGACGGCGCGUACUGGUUUACCGAUCCCAUUUAUGCUUGGAAGCAGGGUGUUCGUCCAAAGCCGCAGUUGCCGAAUCAGGUGUAUCGGUAUGAUCCGGUGACGAAGGAUGUGCGCGUCGUUGCCGAUGGGUUUGGUCGGCCGAAUGGGAUUUCCUUUUCGCCGGAUCAGAAGACGAUGUAUAUCAGUGAUACGGCGGAGACUAUUGGGGGUGGGACCACUGAUCUAUUGCUGCCAGCGACUAUCUACGCAUUCGACGUGACCACCAUCCACGGACAACCAUUCCUAACCAACCGGCGCGUCUUCGCCAUGCCGGGCGACGGAAUCCCGGACGGAAUCAAAGUCGACCAAAAUGGCAAUGUCUACGCGGGCUGCAAAGAUGGCGUGAAUGUCUGGUCCGCCGGAGGUAUCCUACUGGGCAAGAUCCUGAUUAAGAAUGGGACGUCCAAUUUUUCGUUCGGACGUAACGGGCGCAUGUUCAUCCUGAAUGAGAAUAAGCUAUUUGCGGCACAAUUGAACCGCACCGUGCAUGGGACGCUAUUCUAGGAUAAGGGAUGCGGUACGGGAUAUAUACGAAGUGUGCAGAGAAAGAAAGAUGGCGAUGGCGUGAUUAUCGAACGUUAUGGAUGAAGGUGAUAUGUCUCGCAGACAUACAUGACGUAUAUAGAAGAUCGCGAUCUUAGACUAGGAUCGUAGAUCGUCAUCCUGGCUGUACAGGGGGCUGAUGGUGUGACAGAACCAUCGAUUAUUUGAAGCACACUCAACUAAACAUUGGCUUUGGGUUUGCAAGAUCUUUUUAUCGUACCUGGAUUCUAAAC